AUGAAGUUUAAUAUUUUCAAUGUAUACCAACAAGCUCUUAAUAAAAGGCCCUAUUUGGUUCAAGCAAUACAAGCUGGAGCCUUAAUGGGUGCAGGUGAUCUGAUAUCUCAGAAAUUUAUUGAGAAACAGUCCAUAAUGGAUUUUCGAAGAACUGUAAAAUUCGCCUCUAUAGGCUUUUUUAUUGGCGGACCUGCUUUGCGUAAAUGGUAUGGUGUUUUAAAUAAACAUAUAGGUUCACAAGGAAAGGCUGUAGCUAUUAAAAAAGUACUUAUAGAUCAAACAUUAUUCGCACCAACAUUUAUAGGUCUACUACUAGUUACAGUGGGUGUUCUACAGGGCAAAGACGAAGUCCACAUCAAAAAACAGUUAGCGAUUAAUCUUAUUUCCUUAACUUCUUGUCUUGUUUCUCCUCCAAAACAGAAAACUGCAAUGGAAGGUUUAGAGCUAGUUUCGUCCAACAAGAUUUUUGGGGGUUAUCAGAAAGUAUAUUCCCAUCAAUCAUCAGAACUAAAAUGUAAGAUGAAUUUCUCUAUAUACUUCCCUCCACAAGCUGAAGGUGGAGAUGUCAAGUUGCCAGUAAUUUUCUACUUAUCUGGACUUACAUGCAAUGAACAAAAUUUUAUUAGUAAAUCAGGUUUCCAGAGGUAUGCAGCAGAACAUGGCAUCAUAGUUGUUGGACCUGACACUUCACCCCGUGGUGUAAAGAUUGAGGGUGAUGAUGAGUCCUGGGACUUUGGAGUUUCAGCAGGCUUCUACUUGGAUGCCACCAAAGAACCAUGGUCUAACAAUUAUAGAAUGGGUAGUUAUUUAAACAAGGAAUUGUAUGAACUAAUUCAAACAGCAUUUAAUAAUGUAGUUGAUGGCGACAGAAUAGGAAUAAUGGGACACAGUAUGGGUGGUCAUGGGGCUUUAGUAUCCGCUCUAAGAAAUCCUGGCUUAUAUGUAUCUGUCAGUGCCUUUGCCCCCAUCUGUAACCCUACAGCAUGCCCAUGGGGCGUUAAAGGUUUUACUGGAUAUUUGGGAGAUGAUAAAAGCAAAUGGGUUGAAUGGGAUGCAUCAGAACUGGUCAAGAAAUAUAAUGGACCUCCACUAACUCUGCUUAUUGACCAGGGUGCAGCCGAUAAAUUUUACAUUGAAAAGCAGUUACUUCCUGAAAACUUAGUGGAAUCCUGUCGCUCUGUAGGAGUACCAGUCAUACUCAAUUUACGUGAAGGUUACGACCACUCAUACUACUUCAUUUCUACGUACAUUGGAGAGCACUUUGAUUUUCAUGCUAAAAUACUAAAAGCUUAG